CUGGCAUGUGGGGGAGUGAGGCGAGGCCAGAUCUCUCCCCUAGCUACAGGCAGAGGCGAACGGAGGGAGGCACGUAACUGUGCAGCUGAGUCACUCCUGUGUAUAAAGCAAGUGCCUGGCCGUCAGCGCCGCGCAGACCCCAGCGGGAGGCCUGGGCAGGGAGCCCUCGGAAGCUGAAGAAUGUUUUCCCUCCGGCUCAUGCUCUCUCUGCUGGCGUGGGAAGCGGCGGCGGCGGGCCUGACAAACAGAGCCGCCCCCGCCGCACUGGGGAACAUCACAACUCUCUUCCUGCUGGGCCAGCAAGACCACUGGGAAGACGUUAAUCUUAGCAGCGUGUCCUGCGAGGAGCUGAGGAACUCGACAAGGCCCAACUUGCGUCUGCGCAACAAGAGCCUAGAAGCCUGGCCUGCCUGCCUACCUGCGGGAGUGGAAGCCUUAGAUCUCAGUGCCAACCUCCUGCCUGUGCUGACCGGCAGGGAGCUAGUGAACGUUCCAAAGCUGCGUACCCUCUCCCUGAAGCACAACCGCAUCGGAGAAGUUGUGUGGGGCACGGAAGCUCUCGACAGCCUGCAGUACCUGGACCUAAGUGCUAAUAACUUGUCCUCGGUGCCAUCAUGCCACAGCGCCUAUCUGCCAAAGCUGAAGUGGCUCUCGCUGGCUGGAAACCCUCUCUCUGAACUCCCACCUCUGGCUUUCUCCUGUUAUCCACAGCUCCAGUUCCUGAACUUGUCUAUGACUUUGUUAGGGCAGGGGAGUGGCGGAGGGAUUCGCCCGCUGGCCUUUGCCAUGGACAUGUUGCAGGGGGACACCCCGCGCAGAGCCAGGAGCGCCCUUGACGUGCUGGACCUGAGCGGUACCUUUCUCGAGAACGGUCAGCAGAAGUGGGCCCAGGACGUGGCCAGCCUUCGGUCGCUCCACCUUGCGAGGAUGCCCCGGCUGAGGAGCCUUGAUGCGGACCUAUUCAAGUCCCUGCCCAGGCUGAGAGAACUGAAUUGCCAAGAUUCCCGCGCGCUGAGCGGGGUGAGACCAGAGCUGUUCAACGAUGCUCCUCAACUGAACUUUCUCGCCUUCCAAAACUGUAACCUGAGCUCCUUUCAUCCUUGGAAUAUCAACUCAUCAGGCAACAUCCAAAUCAACCUGUAUGGAAAUCCUUUAGAGUGCAGCUGUGAGCUUUCCUGGCUACUUUCGGAUCCUGAGAGAGUCGUGCUGCAAAGGGCAUCUGACACCACUUGCAACACAGCUCCAGAAGACAGAGAGCUGUCUUCUUCGUCAUCAUCUCUUUCACUGUUACAACUCUACAAUGCAUGCGAGGCUAAGAGAAACACCACAUUCCCCACAUCAAACAUGCACCCACUCACAGAAGACUCUUCCACCCUUCCCACCAACAAUGCCACUCCUGAGGUAGCAGUGAUGGACUCUACUCCAUCCACCAAAGAACUUGACAGCGACUCCUCAAUGCCACGAAACGUAAGUGUGACACCAACAGCUCCAAUGAAGAAUAGUCCCACAAGCGUGGACAUUUUUUCCAAAUCUAAUAACAGUCCCUCUACUGCAGGAGCAGUAGCCCCCUCUUUCACCAUUCCGGGAGAGCUUUAUAGUGACUUCUUAACUCAGCAGAGCACUGCGAGUACAAUCAAAACAGAUCCGUUGAAAAGAAAUGCCACAACGGCCAAUGCUGUGUUCCACCAAGAGGGAACAUUCUACCAGUCUACUAAUAACCCUUCCACUGAGGCGACAGGACUAAUCGGAACAAACUCGCCUCUUUUUCCUGGCACAGUAAGUCCAUCUCAGAAAGCUCAACUGUCACAAAAUUCCACAGAGGCAAACCCUAUUCCAAAUCCUACCCAUGUUGGAAUACCAGUGCUUUACAUUGAUGACUAUUAUGAUGAUGAUCAACCAGAGGAAACCAUAACUCAACCAAUAGUAGUCUCUUGUGACUAUGACCCCUGCCAACACCUCCAGAAGCCAUGCUCUGAACUGCAGAGGUUGUCCCCAUGUUUAUGUCCUGGAGUGUCUGGAGAAGACACCGUUCCAGAUCCACCAAGGCUCCAAGAAGUGUCUGAAACGACAGACACAUCAGCACAGAUCCACUGGUGUGCUCCCAAUUCAGUCGUGAAUACUUAUCAGCUUGUAUAUCAUGCCAAAGACAGCAAGAACCAGAUCCUGGUUGCCGAGAUCUAUCCCACGGCAAGGAAGCACACGUUGUACGAACUUUCACCGGACACCAGCUACUCGGUGUGCGUGAUUGCUUCGAACAAAGCAGGAUUGAGCCAGAUAACAAGUGAAAAGAUCUCGGGCAAUCCAUGCACCCACUUUACUACAAAGCCCAGCUACAAAUUCAUCUUUGUUGUCUUGUCCCUAGCAAGCGGGAUCUUCCUAAUCACCACCAUCAUAUUGUCAGUGCAACUGUGUCGGAAAUAUAAAAAGCCUCACACAGAGCAAUACGGCACACACCUCGUCUCUUAUAAAAACCCAGCAUUUGAUUACCCCUUAAAACUGCAGCCAUGAAAUUAGCCCUAGGUAGUUGUGUCAACAAUUUUUGCAGUAAAACAUCUUGUAGCAACCCAUCAAAAUGGAAUCCACCUGCUCACUUGAUUGUGAGUUCAACACAGGGCUGACUUCAUCCCUGUUGGAACUCUAAUGAAAUGAUACCCUGGGACAUCUGUGGCUCUAGAUGCCUUAUUGUAUUAUAACAGGACUAUCUGGCCUGUUUCUGAGAUCUCUGUUUUCCAUUUCCAAAUGAAGUAUGUGGGGGCAGAAGAGGUGGCACAGUCAAAAGUGGAAAGAGCAAGAGGCAUAGUUGUGAAGUUCCUUCGCUAGAGUACUUCUCAGAACAAAUCUAACCUGACAUUGAAACACACAGAAGACAAGCCCUGAUACAAUUAAUCCCUAGCAUGUAUCAGUGCAGUUCAUCUGUAGAUACCAGUGUACUACAAUGACACGUUUAAAACCAUAAGGAACCAGUAUGAUCAUUUAAUCAAACCUCCUACAAAUCAGUCACCAUAGUUUUUUGCUCAGCGAUUCCUGCAUCAAACCCCUAAUUUCUGGUUGGAAAAACAUUCCAUGUCAUAUCACUAUCCCCUGUGUACAAAUGAGGAAAUUACCAACAGGAAGGGCUCAAUAUUUUUAAAAAAGUUCUUGGGUGCUUAUAGGGAUUUUCAAAAGUUAUCUGCAUCAUUAAGCAGCCAAAAACCUUAAAAAACCUAAAACCUUUUAAAAAAAAUCUGGCCUGAAGUCCACAGCCCUGUUUUAUGUGUCUAACUAGCAGUGGCCUGCUUUUCAAACAAGCUGUGCACACAUAAAUCCUCUUGCACCUUUGAAAAUCAAGCUCCCUUAUUUAGGAGCCUAGAGAUGGAUUUAAGUGUCUGACUUCAGGUACCCAGGACUGGAAAUGUGAGCCUUUGGGGUUUUGUUUAAGCACCUACCGUAUUUUCCAGCGUAUAAGACUACUGGGCGUAUAAGACGACCCCCUAAUUUUUUAGUUAAAAGAUAGGGUUUUGUCUUAUACCCCAGCGCCCCUCCGCCU